AUGCGCAGCCCCCCUGCAAGCCCUUGGGCCGCAGCAGCUGCCGACGCAGCAGCAGCAGCAGCAGCAGCAGCAGCUGCUGCUGCUGCUGCUGCAGCAGCUGCUGCUGCUGCUGCGUCACCUCAAGAGCCUUCAGGCACUCCCCGCUCCGCCACUUCGCCGCUGCAGCAAAGGCUCCCCGUCAGCAGGCGGGGAGGAUCUUUUUGGGGCUACAAGACCCCCCUGAAGACGCCUGAGGGCCCCAGCCGCCCGUUCACCCUCGGCGACGCCAUGACUCGGGCCCGCUGCGCCUUCCUGGCGUCUCCUGCUGCUCCCCGCAAGCGCCAAACGUAG